CAAAAUUCGUAAUCAAAUUCACUUGAAUUUUAUUUGUGCGUAGAUUUCGUUCUUAUCCACUUGUGUUGUCAAGUUUUCAAUGUUAAAUUAUUCAACAUGUGGUACCUGACGAAUAAAAAAACACAACAUGUUUACUAUCUGGUUGCACAGCCUUUCGGACAUACGGUGGGUCGAGUAAAAACGGAUUUAGUGAUCUCGGACGAUGACUCUAUUAGUCGUCAGCAUGCAAUGCUACUGCCGGACAAGGAUGUAAUCAAACUAACCGAUACCGGCUCCCGUUACGGGACCUACGUGAACGGUAACAUUGCAAAAAUUGUGUGCAUCAGCAAGGACCAGCCCACGCUGCUGAAAGUGGGAGACAUGGUCCAGUUCGGUCGCUGCGCCUCCCUCUGGACAGUAGGAAGGGUUUCAUUUCGUUGCCUCACUUCUACCCUUGCAAUGAGCAACGCUUUCAAAGCUCUACUGCAAAAACUAGAAGCGGAAGUGCUUCCCACCUUCGCUGGCGGAGUAACACACCUGAUUAUGCCGACUAUAAGCGUUACCACCAAAUUGUUAACGUGUUUAGUCGCCCAAGUGCCCGUCGUCAGCCCGGCGUACUUUGAAGUGGUUAGCGCAUGUGUUGCUCAGGGUAAAACCUUGCCGCCGGUGUCCGAUUUUGUACCGACAUGCUUGGAAAGCGACAUCAAAAACGAUCCCCAAAUGUUUCAACCGAAAUCGGCGCGUUCCGAACUCUUUAAGGACAGGGAAUUUAUUUUCUUAAGCACCACGCAAGGCAAACAAUACGAAACCAUCAUUGAGCUGGCCGGAGGCAUCUGUCGGUCGGCGCAGCGUGAGAAGAUCGCCAAAACGCACUUCGUCAAGCCGAACGUAGUGACGAUCAAGCUGAAGGAGGCCGGACCCUCGCAGUCGCAAUCGCAAUCGCUCGAUUCGUUGGACAAACAGUUCACUGCUCGUGGCCUCCGCAUGAUACCCGAGGUGGAAAUCGGGCUUGCCGUUCUGUACGCUUCGACGGAGAAGUACUGCAAUCCAUCGUAUAAAUUUGCAUUCAACGUGGAGGUGUGCAACGAGCCGGAACCGCUCGGUACGGAAGAUAUUCUGGCAAAGAACAGCAUGAACUCAGAGACAGUUGAUGGGCGUAGAAAUGUUAAGAUCGAGCAGAACACCAUUCCUGAAACGGAACCCAGCACCGACGGAUCAGAAAGAGCCGCAACGUUCCCUAGUACGAUGAGAAAUGAUGUUGAGUUCACAUGCCCAAAGGCAAUUGAGCCAAUCGCCUCCUCUUCCAUGCAAGAACCGUCAGGGCUAAGAAGAUCAAAACGUUUCCCAGAAAAGGAAACGAGCGAAGGGCAGGGCGCCCACCCCGAUAAGGAUUCGUUCCAAGAACCGAAGCGUCCCCGACGUGGUACAGUCACUUCACCCAGUAAGAGUAUUCCUAAGGCUAAGCCAACGGAAGUGCAGAAGAAUGACACACCAGUUACAAGUGUUUCGGACACUGUUCCAGUGGAAUCUGCUCCACAAAUUGUCUCCUCUCAGCCGAUUGCUCCUUCCGGAUUUCAAGCGGUUAAGCGACAGCAGCCUGCAGCCGCGGAUGCGGACCGUCCUACAAGCAGUACUCGAGCAUCCACGCGUCGUCGUGCUAAUAUAUUACUUGAAGCGGAAGAUGAUGAUCUUUUUAACUUCGAUGGAAUAGCACCCCGUAAGAAACCGAGAACGACGGUGUCCACGGCGCCCGCUCCAGCGGUAAAAAAUAAUUCAAAAUCGUCUGCUGGCGAUGAGGAUGAUUUGUUUUCCAUGGACGAUAAUCUUCCUUCCCAACGGCGACGUGGAACAAGCAGCCGAAACACCAAUACCAGACCACUGCCAGACUCUGGAGUUGCCCCUGAGAGUAACAAAACUCCACCCACAGACACUAUAGAUACCACUGAUGUGUCCCAAAAAAGCAACCAAACCAACAGCGCCAGCAUCUCUGCUCGUUAUCGGGAAUUUAUGAAACCAGUCGAAAAUUCCAACAUCGGCUGGUUGUCCUCGUCGAUGUCCGGUUUUAAGUUGGACGGAAACGACGACGAUCAUGAGUCAUCUACGCUCUCGUCGUCAGUAAAGAUCAAGCUGGAACCACACGACUCGACCGAUGGAAUGAAUGGAGUGAUGGCUGCCGAAGACAAACGAUGGAUUGCAGGAAUGUCGAACAUUUUUCAGGUCCAGGAGAGAAGCAUGAAUCUUGUUGCCAAUCUUCCACCAACGCACAACGACAUGUUGGUUGGACAGGAUCGAUCGUUGUGCUUACCGAAUGGUGUGCGUAAUUUCAAAGCUUUCGUUAAGAAACAAAACUAUAAAGGCCAGCAAACCAGCGUCCUGUUGAAACUCGUUUGCGCUUUGGAUGAGAGCCAAGCAGCAUAAUGCGUGGAAAAGAAUCGUUAUGCGUUAUUAUAAUCCAUUUAUUUAUGUUACUUAACGAUGCAAGCAUCUAUCAUUUAAUUUUUUUUUCAUCAGGGCUCAUUUAUUAACUAUGUUAUCGAAUUCUGUCAUGUUAAAUAAAACCAAAAGUGGUUUCCAAAAACCUCA